AUGAAAGAAAAAAUUUCAGAAGUAUACCGUAAACUAAAAAAAAUUAUUUCGAUCAUGAUAUUUGACAUCAAAUCUGCUACUUUGUUGAUUUCUUUCUUAUUCUCCACAGCAAAAUGUUAUGAUAAUGGCAAUUAUCAAGAUUGGCUAAAGACCCAAACCUAUGACUUAGGUUUGGCAACUACACUCUUCACAUCCACAAUUGGUGUUAUUUCAAAAGAAGCGGAAUGGAAUCAUUCAGAAUGGUUACAAACUCAGACAUUCGAUUUUGAAUACCACACAUUGGAGACUCGCGCGUCAUCUGUUAGUCAUUAUGAUUGUGAAUCAACAACGACUACAGAUUUUAUUCCAAAGUCCACAGGUGAUAUUGAUAAUGAAAAUUUUCACUUAGGUGACCACUGCAAAGACGGUAAUUUUAAAUGUCAUUUCGAUGGGUCAUUAGACAAAUGUGACCACGGAAAAUGGGUUAACUUCCAAUGUGCUGCCGGCACUACCUGUUCUACUACCUUUUCUGAUGGUCAAAUGGUUACUGGAUGCAAUGCUGUUCCCGAAUGA